CUUAUUGGUAUGGAUGAUGACCAGAUCGGAGAGUUUGUGCAAGACUUUGUGGAGGUUAGGAGGGCGUAUGAUGAAUGGGCCAAUGUCGGUACCUCAUCGUUCGAUCGCAAGGAGGACAAGGUCGAGAACGGCAAUACUCCGACCGCUCAUGUGUACGCUGCCGGUGAUCGACAUGCCCUUCCCGACCGUGGCGUCCACUCGUCAGAGCGCGUCAUGAACGAAAAG